AUGUCCGUCGAGAUCGAUUCGCAAGAGCUUGGCUUUCAUCGUCCUUUUACCACGGAGGUAUCGCAAACGUUGAGAAUCAGAAACCCUAAUCAUACUCCUGUUGCUUUCAAGGUCAAGACUACUGCGCCCAAACAAUACUGCGUGCGACCAAAUUCUGGUAAACUGGAGCCAGGAAGAAGCAUAGAUGUCACUGUUCUUUUACAGGCGAUGAAGGAUGAACCACCUCUCGAUGCGAAAUGCAAAGACAAAUUCCUAGUUCAGUCCGUCGAAGUUACACCAGAUAAGGAGUUCGCAGAUUCAACCUCGAGCCAUGUCGAUCGAGCAGAGAAGAGCCAAAUUCAGGAGAAGAAGAUUCGAGUUGUUUUCCUACCACCAAAGUCAACAGGAGGAGCAGCACUUACACCUCUGAGAAAUGGCGUUAAUGGAGCAAAUAGCACGCUCUCAACCCCCGACACUGCCCCUCCAGCCUACCGAUCCCCGUCCCCCGAAGAACAUUUCACCCCUGCAGCCACUGGCAAUCGUGUUGUAUCCGGCAAUCCAGGCCCAGCACCCUCCGUUAGCGUAAACGAUGAACCGAUCGGCAACCGCAACCUCGGCGAUGCACGCUCCUCCGCUUUCAAUCCCUCAUCCUCAGUUGGCAGAGAAAGCAACGCAUCUGUCGUCACCGCCCCAACAGGAAUCCCUAGCUCUGUCGAAGAACUCCAAGCCCAACUCGCCGAAGCAAAGAAAACCAUCGCAUCCUACGCCGAACAAGGCGGUGUGAGAAUGAGAAAAGUAGCAAAGGGAGAAACGUCAAAUGAGACGGUUAAUGAAAUUGCUACUAAGUUGCAAGGAGUAGAAGGUGUACCUGUACAAAUCGUCGCGGCUUUAUGUUUGCUCAGCUUCCUACUCGCAUACCUAUUCUUCUAG